UUGGCAGGCCUGUGUAUCAGCUGAUGUAAACAAAGCGCCAUUUUCAACCAGUUCAUGCUGGAGUGUACACGCUUCUCGCAGCUCAACACCACCAUGGCUACCAGGGACCUAAAAGGCACACCACUCUCUUACGCCCAGAAGUUGUAUCUCGUGAGACAAAUUAGAGAUCACCCUGUGGUACACACGAAACCUUCAAACUACACUAGUAUACUGGAGAGAAAAGCCGCGUGGGAGACAAUAACUAAGAACUUCAAUGUAUGUUUCUCCACGGCGGAGCCCAAGAAUACUCAUCAGCUGAAGAAGACUUGGGAGUACUUAAAGAAUAAAGUGAAGAAGGAUCACAGCAGGUACAUCCGGGAAACCCAUCAGACUGGUGGUGGGCCACCACCAGCCCCACCAAAACCAGCUGAUGAGGUAACGCUGAUUGUACAGCUGAUCCUUAAUAAUAGGCUGCCAGUACCUGACGACAUCUUUGAUAGUGAAUUUGUAGAAGCAUGCGUACUGGCCCGACUCAAUUCCACAGCACUGGAAUGUGCUGACACACCUGAAGCUGCAGGACAGCAGCCAGCACAAGAUCUGGUCUUGGACAACCCUGGCAGUCCACUUAUCAUCAGGAGUGAGGACUGUGAACUUAUAGAUGCGGAAGAUGAUGUGGACCUCCCAGGUGCUAGAACCUCCGCUCAUCCUGUACUAAAAAAAGGCACCUGCUCUGCUCGCAGCAGUAGUGCCACAGCUGCCACCCAAAACCAGUCCUUCACAGGACGAAAGAGGAAGGCAGCAGAAAGCAAAUCUGCUGCUUAUGGCAGGUGUGCCAAGCAGCAGAAACACUUUCGUGAUGAACUGGCCUCAACAUUUGAGGCCCUUGCUGCAAAAGUGGCGACAACGCUGGACAGCGUAGCUUCUGCUGCCGAUAAAAUUGGGUCGGCGGCAGACAGAAUGGCAUCUGCUGCAGAGAAUUGCUGCAGCCCUUGA